AUGACUGGCAUGUCCACCAGUCCCGAGAUGACACUUGGCAGCGCACCAUCCAUGCCCGCCACCACUAUCACCACCGAUGCCUGCCGGAUCCUGGGGAGCUGCUCUCAUGCAUGCCCGUGUGCAUGCAUGCGGUGUUCAUGCAUGGGGUGUUCAUGCAUGCCCGUGUGCAUGCAUGCGGUGUUCAUGCAUGGGGUGUUCAUGCAUGGGGUGUUCAUGCAUGGGGUGUUCAUGCAUGGGGUGUUCAUGCAUGGGGUGUGCAUUCAUGCGGUGUUCAUGCAUGGGGUGUUCAUGCACGGGGUGUUCAUGCAUGGGGUGUUCAUGCAUGGGGUGUUCAUGCAUGAAGUGUUGUUGCAUGGGGUGUUCAUGCAUGGGGUGUUCAUGCAUGGGGUGUUCAUGCAUGGGGUGUUCAUGCAUGCGGUGUUCAUGCAUGGGGUGUUCAUGCAUGGGGUGUUCAUGCAUGGGGUGUUCAUGCAUGGGGUGUUCAUGCACGUGCAUGGGCAGGAGCACGGAGCAGCAGAGGGUAGCACGGAGCAGCAGGGAGCAGCAGAGAGCAGCAGAGAGCAGCAGAGAGCAGCAGAGAGAAGCAGAGAGCAGCAGAGAGCAGCAGAGCGCAGCAGAGAGCAGCGGAGAGCAGCAGAGAGCAGCAGAGAGCAGCAGAGAGCAGCAGAGAGCAGCAGAGGGCAGCAGAAAGCAGCAGAGAGCAGCAGAGAGCAGCAGAGAGCAGCAGAGAGCAGCAGAGAGCAGCAGAGAGCAGCAGAGAGCAGCAGAGAGAAGCAGAGAGCAGCAGAGAGCAGCAGAGAGCAGCAGAGAGCAGCAGAGAGCGGCAGAGAGCGGCAGAGAGCAGCAGAGAGCAGCAGAGAGCAGCAGAGAGCAGCAGAGGGCAGCAGAGAGCAGCAGAGAGCAGCAGAGAGCAGCAGAGAGCAGCAGAGAGCAGCAGAGAGCAGCAGAGAGCAGCAGAGAGCAGCAGAGAGCAGCAGAGAGCGGCAGAGAGCGGCAGAGAGCAGCAGAGAGCAGCAGAGAGCAGCAGAGAGCAGCAGAGGGCAGCAGAGAGCAGCAGAGCGCAGCAGAGCGCAGCAGAGAGCAGCAGAGAGCAGCAGAGAGCAGCAGAGAGCAGCAGAGAGCAGCAGAGAGCAGCAGAGAGCAGCAGAGGGCAGCAGAGAGCAGCAGAGAGCAGCAGAGAGCAGCAGAGAGCAGCAGAGAGCAGCAGAGAGCAGCAGAGAGCAGCAGAGAGCAGCAGAGAGCAGCAGAGAGCAGCAGAGAGCAGCAGAGAGCAGCAGAGAGCAGCAGAGAGCAGCAGAGAGCAGCAGAGAGCAGCAGAGAGCAGCAGAGAGCAGCAGAGAGCAGCAGAGAGCAGCAGAGAGCAGCAGAGAGCAGCAGAGAGCAGCAGAGAGCAGCAGAGCGCAGCAGAGCGCAGCAGAGAGCAGCAGAGAGCAGCAGAGCGCAGCAGAGAGCAGCAGAGAGCAGCAGAGAGCAGCAGAGAGCAGCAGAGAGCAGCAGAGAGCAGCAGAGAGCAGCAGGGAGCAGCAGAGAGCGGCAGAGAGCGGCAGAGAGCGGCAGAGAGCAGCAGAGAGCAGCAGAGAGCAGCAGAGGGCAGCAGAGAGCAGCAGAGAGCAGCAGAGAGCAGCAGAGAGCAGCAGAGAGCAGCAGAGAGCAGCAGAGAGCAGCAGAGAGCAGCAGAGAGCGGCAGAGAGCGGCAGAGAGCAGCAGAGGGCAGCAGAGAGCAGCAGAGCGCAGCAGAGAGCAGCAGAGAGCAGCAGAGAGCAGCAGAGAGCAGCAGAGAGCAGCAGAGAGCAGCAGAGGGCAGCAGAGAGCAGCAGAGAGCAGCAGAGAGCAGCAGAGAGCAACAGAGAGCAGCAGAGAGCAGCAGAGAGCAGCAGAGAGCAGCAGAGAGCAGCAGAGAGCAGCAGAGAGCAGCAGAGAGCAGCAGAGAGCAGCAGAGAGCAGCAGAGAGCAGCAGAGAGCAGCAGAGAGCAGCAGAGCGCAGCAGAGCGCAGCAGAGAGCAGCAGAGCGCAGCAGAGAGCAGCAGAGCGCAGCAGAGAACAGCAGAGCGCAGAGGUGGUGCGUGCAUGACAUGCCUGGGUGAUGACGCGGUGCAGCCCCGCCACACCCACGUCAGCGAUGAGACCCACCGGCACACCCAUGAGCUCCAGAGUCACCCUCGCCUCCUGCACGUGAGCAUAAGGGCAUGCAGGCAUGCGGUUGGUGGGAGCUGCUGGCGGGCGAGGAAACCAGAGGAAAACGCAUCACUCGAAACCAUGACAGCCCGUGCAUUUCUUACUCCUCCCCACGCUUCUCCACUCACCUUCCACCUCUCUUCUCUCCUCACUUCUGUCCUCUCUUCUCUCCUCACUUCUGUCCUCUCUUCUCUCCUCACCUCUGUCCUCUCUUCUCUCCUCACUUCUGUCCUCACUUUUCCCUAA